AUGGGCGACCCACGUGUCCGAGAUUUGUCCACGGGCGUGCUUUCGUUCCCGGGCGUGCCUCCAUCCCCGGGCGCGCCUCUGUCCCCGGGCGUGCGCCUGUCCCUACGCCGGUGGGACGAGCCGCAUCCGCUGUAUAAGCCGGACUACCGCUAUCUGUGCGAAAACCUGCGCGGCGUCAUCACGUACUGGCAGCAGGAAUAUGAAGAGUUGCGCGUGGCAUCCACGGCCUACAUCGACGGUCUCCAAGAGGAGAUCCGCCGCUUGGCUACCGAGCUGGCCGCGGCGAAGAAGCGCGACCAGGAGGUCUGUCCGCCCGUCAUCUCGUUCUGUGUGUGA